CCACGCUUUCUAUGCUUGUCGGCUUCUUUUCCUUUUUCAUGUGUCAAUUCACGCUAUCGUUCUUUAAAGAAGAGGGAAAGAAAAAGAUUAAGCAUUAACGUUCUCUCUAACAAGGUUGUCUCGAGCGUUCUCAGUUUCAGCUUCUCUCCCUCAGCAUUUGCCAUCCACAUUUCAGUUGCUCUGUAUCAUGCUUGAUACUUCUCACUUGGAUAUCAUUGGCUACUGUUGGAUUGGGGUCAUUAAUUAUGCUUCCCCUUGGUGAAGGAUACACCGCCGAGAUGUGCUCAUAUAUUUCUGGGAAGAUAGGCAACAUUUGCCACCUGUUUCAUUGUAAUUUAGGAGUUGUCCUGUUUUAAUUUUCCGCGUUGUUUUUUCCCCCCUCAAGCGGACGCUUGCCUUUUAAUUGCGCAAAAAAAAAAAAAUUAUGCUUCCCCAGUGGAUUCUUGACAUGGGAUUCAAAAUCUCUUGGGAAGGAAAGAAUGUAACUUAUUACUAUGUGACUAUUCUGGAAACUUCGUUUAUGAAGCACUUCCCCAUAGCUAUUUCAAUUCGAGCUCACCGGGAAAGAACGGAUGGAUUUAAAAAAAAAAAUGAAAUAUAACCAGUCCUGAGAAUACUAAAAAUCUUGUCAAUCUUUAUGGUGGUAUAGAUUCUGCGUCAUUCUUCUAAUGAAAAUUCUAAUGUGUUUUUGUUCGUGGUCCAUUGCAUUAUCAGCAUGGCUGCUACUUUUUCUUGCCAUUCCGUGGGGCUCCAUAGUUGGGGCUCUGAUGCUUCUAGCUCUUCCAUAAGAUCAGGGAAUCUCACUGUGAGAUUCCUCUCAAGGCAUUUGGAAGGCAAAACUGCACUUUUCCGAAAAGAGUUUCCUACAUCUCCCCACCUUACUCAUGGAUCAUCCUAUUCUCCUACUGCGGAUUCUACAUCAGUUAACGAUGUUCUUAACGUUUGUCAGGACUCGUCAGCUGAGUCUGCUUUGAUAUUGAUUCGGCAUGGUGAAUCUCUGUGGAAUGAGAAGAACUUGUUUACCGGAUGUGUUGACGUGCCUUUGACCAGGAGAGGUAUAGAAGAAGCAAUUGAAGCUGGUAAGAGGAUUAGCUAUAUUCCAGUAGAUGUAAUUUUUACAUCUGCUCUGAUUCGAGCGCAGAUGACUGCUAUGCUUGCCAUGACUCAGCACCAACACAAGAAGGUGCCCGUUAUCAUCCAUAAUGACAGUGAACAAGCAAAAACCUGGACAGUUUUCAGCGAAAAAACCAAGAAGCAGUCUAUUCCAGUUAUAACAGCUUGGCAAUUGAAUGAAAGAAUGUAUGGGGAGCUGCAGGGUCUAAAUAAGCAGGAGACUGCAGAAAGAUAUGGCAAGGAGAAAGUGCACGAUUGGCAUCGUAGUUAUGAUAUUCCCCCUCCCAGUGGUGAGAGCCUAGAAAUGUGUUCCCAGAGAGCCGUUGCCUACUUUAAGGAUCAUAUUGAACCCGAACUUAAAGUUGGAAAGCAUGUGAUGGUUGCCACACAUGGGAAUUCUCUAAGAUCCAUUGUAAUGUAUCUUGACAGAUUAACAUCUCAGGAGAGAAACAGGUCAUCAACUUGGAAUUCUCUGCUGGUAUACCAUUGCUUUACAUAUAUAAAGAGGGAAAAUUUAUCCGCAAGGGAAGUCCUGGUGGGCCUACAGAGGCAGGUGUUUAUGCAUAUACUAAGAGCUUAGCUGAUUACAGACAACAGUUGGAUGAAAUGCAACAUUGAAGUUGUUGAUCUGAUCCCUCUCACUUUUAAUGAUAAAAGGCGCGACGAUACUCCAAGAACCUUCAGUUUUUGGUUGCCAUUUUAGUUUGUUGUGCACUUGCACAAAAGAUAUUCAUCAAUCAUCAGGGCCGAUACACAAUAUAGUUGGAUUGAUGAGCAGAUUUUUGACCAUCUUUCUCACAUACAUUUGGCUGAUAGUAACAUUCCAUAGAACGAGUUUUCCAAUUGCACAGUAUCACAACCCAUUGAAUAUUCUCACAGGAAAUUGAUAAGGCUUUUGUAGAUUGAACUCUGAUUGUAACUUGUAACGAGUUCAGUAUUUUCUGAUCAGAACACUUAAUCCAAUUUAUAUUUGUCGUCAUUUAAUAUUUUUAAAAAAACGGCUGGUCGUUUGUUGACUAUAAUGGCAAAUAAGCUGUU